GAGGGAGAGGGGAGGAGGGACGCUGACCAAGUGAUCUGCGUUCUUUACUGCACAGCCCUCGAAUACCAAAGCCAUUCCAUACGGGGCUGUUCCACAAUCUAUGAGAAUGCUGCUCCACCUCUUGCUGAGUACCCCACAGGGCCUCGACAAGCAGUUUCUAUUUAAUGUCGAAGCCAGACUUUUCUCAUUAAAAGGACAUUGGAAAUACUUCUCUGUUCCGGCCACAGUGGAGGUUAGAAAGGCAGAGAAACCCUUCCAGUAAAGAAAGGAAGUUGGCAGAGAGAGUUAAUUCAAGUCUACAGACAUUCUUCAUUGGGGGAAAUAUACUUACUCUGUGAACUGAACAGCUCAAUAUACUGUAUUGAAGGAAGAUCUGCCUGCAUUGCAAGUGCCCACGCGAGGAUCACUCGGCCACCGUGAUGCCGCUGGAAAUGGAGAAGACCGUCAACAAGCUCAUGUACGAUUUUCAGAGGAACUCCACGUCCGACGACGACUCUGGCUGCGCUCUGGAGGAGUAUGCCUGGGUUCCUCCCGGUCUGAAGCCCGAGCAGGUACACCAAUACUACAACUGCCUGCCAGAAGAUAAAAUUCCAUAUGUUAACAGCCCUGGAGAGAAGUAUAGAAUCAAACAGCUGUUGCAUCAACUGCCACCGCACGACAAUGAGGUGCGUUACUGCAACUCGCUCGAUGAAGAGGAGAAGAAGGAGUUGCGGCUCUUCAGUGGUCAAAGGAAAAGAGAAAGUCUGGGAAGAGGAACGGUGCGGCCGUUCCCCAUAACAAUGACCGGUGCCAUUUGUGAACAGUGUGGAGGACAGAUCAGCGGAGGAGACAUUGCUGUGUUUGCUUCACGGGCUGGCCAUGGGAUUUGUUGGCACCCCCGGUGCUUCAUCUGCUCCACCUGCAACGAACUGCUGGUGGACCUUAUUUAUUUUUAUCAAAACGGGAAGAUCUAUUGCGGGAGGCACCAUGCCGAGCGUUUGAAGCCGAGAUGUGCCGCGUGCGAUGAGAUAAUCUUUGCCGAUGAGUGCACAGAGGCUGAGAGUAGACACUGGCACAUGAAACAUUUCUGCUGCUUCGAGUGUGAGACUGCCCUGGGAGGCCAAAGAUACAUCAUGAAAGAAGGUCGCCCCUACUGUUGCAACUGCUUCGAGUCUCUGUAUGCAGAAUAUUGUGACACAUGUGGGGAGCAUAUAGGUAUUGACCAGGGCCAGAUGACGUAUGAUGGACAACACUGGCACGCCACCGAGUUGUGUUUCUGCUGCGCCCGCUGCAAGAAAUCGCUGCUCGGGCGCCCGUUCCUGCCCAAGCAAGGGCAGAUAUUCUGCUCGAGGACAUGCAGCAUCGGGGACGAUCCCAACGGCUCGGACUCCUCCGACUCUGCCUUCCAGAGCGCCCGCUCCCGGGAGUCCCGACGGAGCGCCCGGAUCGGGAGGAACAGCAGCAAGGCGGAGGACAAGGGCCUGAGGCAGAGCGUGUCGCAGCCGUUCAUGAGCAGGUACUCCACUGACAUCGAUCCCCUCUCCCAGCAGAUGGACAUGCUGAGCCUCGCAGCCGGCAAGGCCGCCAGCUUGAACAAGGAGGCGCUGUGGAAGAGCAGGGACGGCUACCAGUUCGAAGACAAGUCCGCGGAGCGGGCCGCGUUUGCCGAGCGGCCUUCUCAGUCGCUCGGCCAGUACGGCGCGCGGACUGAGUUCAACCCGCCGCCGUGCUUGGCCAAUCCGUCCGACUUGUGGGCCAAGGAGUUCAACACCAAGCGAGGUCCGGCAGCCGCCUCCUUGAAGGAUCGCAGCGACAGCUUCGUCCAGGAGAAGAAAGAGGAUUAUUAUCCCGCAACCGUCAGAACGCAGGAAAGUUUCAGCAGCGCCUCGACCCACAGCAUUCCCGAGUCCCGAUCAAACCCCAACGUGCAAGGCUACGACAAGGAAAGGGAACUGAUUUCUCACCAGUGUCGAACCAGGCAUCCGAUCAGCGCACUGAGUUUCACCGACCAACUCAAACUUCUGGAGCAGACCCCAAGGGAAUCGAUCGAAUCUCUUGCACUUUCAAAUGCCACAGGGGCUUCUAUGGAAGGAGGAGCCAGGCAGCAAGAGCAUCUGUCUAGAUUUUCAAUGCCGGAUUUGAGCAAGGACUCGGGCAUGAACGGAUCGGAGAAGCUGAGUAACAUGGGCACCCUCAACUCCUCCUCCAGAUUCAGGAGCACAGAGUCUAUUCGGAGUCUGAACUCUGCGCAGCUGUACCACGCCACGCAGCCAGCCAUGGACAAACUCCGGCACCCGCUGCAGUACAGGCAGCUGUCGGCGCAGGGAAGGUUGCCGCCGGGGUUCGAGUGCGCGGACGGCGCAGCGGGCAACAGGACGGGGCCGGGCAUGAGCGCCCGGAUCGCCCCCAUGAGCGAUCGGACACAGCGGCGCUUGCACAGUCAGGAGCACACCGCCAGCCGCCGCCACCACCGCCACCGGUCCCGGAGAUCGCGGCGUUCCCGCUCGGACAACGCGCUCCACCUGGCCUCGGACCGCCGCUGCCAGGCCAGGGACCAGCCCCAGCCGUUCCCGGGCGAAGACUACGGCCAGUUGGCGGCGCGGCGGAGCGGCCGGGACGGCUUGGGCAACGGUAACUUGCGGGACCCCUGCGGCCGCUACCCCAGGACAGCUUCGGACCUGACGCUGCAGAACCAGGCCGGCGAGAAGCUGCUGCGGCCUUACUUCAACGACCACGACGACUGGUGCUCCACCUGCUCCUCUUCCUCCGAGUCCGAGGAGGACGGGUACUUCCUGGGCCAGCCCAUCCCUCGCCCCGUCCAAAUCCGCCCCAUCACCAGCGAAGAGUUCAUGUACGGCUACAACUCCCCCCUCCCUCUCUCCUCCUCUCUGGGGGGCAGGUACCAGUCACACUAUAGAAAGAGGCAAAAAAACAAAAACUGCGUUAUCUCAUAACAUUUUGCACAAUUUAUUUCUCGCAAGAAUGUAAACUAAAAAAAGUUGCACUUGUAUUAAUUAUUAAGAAGUAACAUUGGCAAAGGCAAUAUGACUUAUUCAGUAUUUAAAACAAGCUACUAAAACAUUACUGUGGUUACAUGAAGGAGUUUUUCUUUGCUAGCUUUCUUGGUUUGUUUUUCUGUAAUAUAUUAUCUAAUAUACAUUCUACAAUUAAUAGUCUAUUAAAACAUGGUAUACAUAACUAGAGUUUCAUUGCCUGCAUAGCUGUGAGCAUGUUUACAACUUGAUAUUUGUCGAUGAUCUGAUGGUGUAGUGUACCUUUAUCUCACUGCCAGUGUUAUUGAUCAAGUUUAAUAAUCAAUAUACCAAACGAUAUUCCAGAAUCGCUUACCCAAUUGUGUUUAAAAUGCAACGUACUAUAAUGAAAGUUAAAAUUUCACUAAGUUAAUUAUAUCUUCUGUACAUAUCAUGCAAACAAGGAUUUCUAAAGAAAUAUUUUUAUAUUUUGUAAUGUAAAAAGUGUUUUGAGGUAGUAAUUCAUGCAUGCUCACUUUAUUUGUUCUGUUUUCAAUGGAAAUUUAUUAAAAAUGUUGCAUCCUUUA